AAUUUUUUCUUAUAAAUUUUAUUUCAUUCUCCCUUUGCAUGAUAUUUUUAUUGCAAGAAAAUGUUUAUAUCAUUAAUAUUUAAUAGCAUUGUAUUGGUCAUCUUUAACUUUAUUUUGGCACUUUAUUUCGGUCUUAAAUUUUUGCAGGUAUUAAAAAAUCAUUACAAGUUUGUAUCUGAAAUAAAAGCUUUCAAUUCUAUUGUCUGUGAAUCAAGAUCAAAUUUGGAUUUCACAACAGUAAAAUUAUCAGAAGCUAUAAAAGCGAUUGAAACUGAUAUUGGUAAUGAACUGAAGAUUACUCAUGAUUUAACCAAAUUUAAUACAGAGAUGAAAAUGCUUUUAAAACGGCUUCGUCACAUGGAACAAAAAAUUAUUGAGCUCGUAAAAACUAACUGUAAAAUGGAAGAUAUAAUGAUUUCAACACCAACAGAUAUUAAUAGAGAAAUAAAUAAAAUAUCAUUAAAAAUGAAAAAGAAGUAAUAAAAAUUUGCAUUAAAUAAAUUUUUAAGAAAA